ACCUGGUGACCCGGAUGUGGUGUGUAAAUACGUUCAACACAUCAGGCCAGGUAAGUCACCUGCUGUCGGGCGCUAUGUACAGGAAUGUCGCCCCAUUCUACCGUCCUGACGAAAUCUUCAGGCUCGUCGUACAGCCAAAGGAGGAGCAACUGAUGACCAUGGUCUGAAGGGGAUGCCCACCCUCACAUUAAGUCUUCCAGAACUCAUCAUAAAGUCUUCCCAUUUUUGUUUGUUUGUUUCACAAUGAAUCAACAGACACUCAGCCAUGUCCAAGUGGCCAGGGUUUAAGAAAAGAGCUCCCAGUCCCAAGCGGAAUGCAGCCCCACCCCCACCCAGGGGGGCAAACACCCCCAUCAGCAAGCCCCCACCACCAAGCAAGUUUGGAGGGAACUCUCAGCAAGGCAGAACUCCUAGCAAUAUACCAGUCAUUGCUAGUCAAAGCCCAAAAUCUAUUCUCAAAAAGAAGAAGGCACCGCUGCCUCCCCCAAGACGAGGGAGCCCAAGAACUACAGAAAGAAAAGACUCGGUGCCAGGGAGUGAUGUUUACAACUCUGACUUAGAUGAUCUUCCUCCUCCUCCUGAUGUACCCCCUCCUCCUGUUCCAACCUCACCCCUUCCUGAUGACACUAAUCCCUCCUCCCCUGAGAAAAGUGGAACAGACCUACCUCCAAGCCAUACUGAUGCUGCUGAUGGACCAUACCAGUCAGAGGAGGGGGGCGAUGCCAGCCCACGGUUAAGUCCCUCUGUAUCCCCAAGCGUUCUCGCAAAACAGAGGCAGUCUCCAAACUCCAUGUUUGUUUUACCGUCACAACGAGCCAUGACAGGACAAAAGCCAUCCUCACUCCUAACUGCCUACUCUCUUCCAACUCUGUCUCCCAGAAAGGACCUGAGUUUGAUCAAACCUGGACAAGCCACGAAAGGCCCCUCACAGGGCCCUUUAACCACGGCCAGUGGGUCGUCCUAUCAUAGGAAGAAGUUCCAGCCUAUUUCAUUACCAGAGCCAGGAAUGCAGGCGGCAGAUAAUGAUUCCCCGGGACGACAAGCCUCACCAACUUCUCCAGCCACAGCAAACAGAAGUAUGAUACCGAGACUUGCGAGUUCUCAGAAGGAAACUAGCGGUGCAAGAGAUGAUUCAACGUCUUCCAGCAGUGAUAAUGCAAGAGCAGACCAUGACACGAGUACCCCUAGAAUUCACAUAGAAAUUGAGGAUUCGUCAGAAGCAGCUGUAAUAUUGCCCGGCUGGCAACAGAAUCCUGUACAAAACUGGACAAACGAGGACAUAGUAGAAUGGCUGCAGGCUACUGACCAGCAGGGCUUCGUGGAAAUCUUUGAGGGCUGCAUCGAGGGGGAAUAUCUGAUACAGAUCACAGAACAGGACCUCAUUGAUCUUGAGAUCGAAAAUGGUGGCCAGAGACAACAUUUUCUACGACUUCUAGAAGCUGAGAGGAACAGGCCAGACAGGACGCAGGAGCAGCAGAAAACUGAGUCUCAAAACAAAACUGACAUCUCUGCUUCCAAAGUGGAAGGAUCAGAUGUUCUGCUGAAUGACAGCCAGCCACAGUCACUAUUGAAAUCAGGCUUGUCCCACCCCCCUCGUGAACCCAGCACUGCCAUUGUGGAACCACAACUGUUACAGCAAAAUGGCAAAGAUGUUGAUGCUGAAGUGAGCACCAUGUGGAGACAGAAGGACCCUACAGACUGGGGCGAAGGUGACGUCUGUGGAUGGCUGCAGUCUACUGGGCUGGACAAGUUCAUUCACGUCUUCAGGGCCAAACACAUCACAGGACAGCAGCUUCUUCAGCUGGACCCACAACUACUUGACUCCAUGACAAUCCAUGACCCUGAGGACCGUGAGCGGAUCCUGUCCCACGUGUACGACCUGCUCCACCCAGAGGCAGCUGAUGUCGACCCAAGUGCAAUAGACCACCUUGACAACACCUAUGAUCGAGACAAGCUAGCAGCUGCUAUGCAGGCUCUGAGGAGAACAUCCAGUAAUGCCUAUGGGAUAGAGCUGCCCCCCCACCCCACACGAGCUAGUAAUAACAGUCCUGGUACACCCAACAAGAUGAAGAAAGGGCUCUCCAGACUGAAGGAAGCAGUGUCUCCCAAGUCCCUGUUCAGCAAGAGAGAUGGCAGACCAGACGGCAACUCUGUGCAGGUCUGGAACGACGUCUUGGAGCCUGGCACCUUCUACUGCAGUACGUACCAGGUGCUGGAGGGCACCACAGCAGCUGAGCUGGUACAGCAGUGUAUGGAGUCCCUGGACCUGGCAGAGGACCCCAGACUCUACUGUAUCAUGCAGGUGGCCAUGCAGUCUGGGACAGAAGGUCGUGAGCGCAGGCUAGUCAGGACAGAGUGGCCAAUAGCAGUGCAGAGGGCUUGGCCCAGCUUCACCAGUCACCGCUUCGAGCUACGGAGAUGGGACUCUGGACAAUCCAUCAAGGUUAUCUGCAGAAUUACUGGCCACAAGUCUCGUGGGAAGAGCUUCAAGGUAUCCCAGAAUUCCGCAUACCUGGAUGUGAUGCGGCUCACGUUACGGAAGUUUGGGCUGAAGAACGUGGACCUGGACUUGUUCUGUAUGAUGGAAAUAGACAAAGAAGGAGGGAUCCGUGAGUUGGAGGAGAGUGACUGUCUGGGACAGAUCAGCUGCACCUGUUUUGUUGUGUGUGACAAGGAGAGCAGGGAGGAGCAGAUGGAUGGGCCCAUAGCUAGUGUCAUCAGAAGGAACUCUUCUCUACUCUCUCAGACAUCAACGUAUUCCAACACAUCAGCAGGAAGCAUCACAUCCUCAGGGUCGGACUCCAAGGCAGUGGACAUGGAGAAACUCAACAAGGUGGAGGCAGAGAUGGCCAGUAUAGAGCAGGCUCUGACCACGCCCCCGGGGUCAGAGGUCGAUAAGCAGGCUGUGACCCUAGCUGACCUUCAAAGACAGGUAGCUGAACUUAAGGAGCAGCUUGAGAAGAAGGAAGUCACCAUCACCACCUUACAAAAUACCAGUGAACAACUUCAGGAGAGAGACAGACAGUGUGCCAGUCUACAAAAGACCCUGUCAGAACUACAGGAUGGCUACAGACAACAGGAGGCCAACUUAGUGCAGAAGUUAGAAGCAGACAGACACAGAAGACACAGCACUACAGAGGCAAAGAUACAAGGUAACUAUGCUGAAGUGCUGGAGUCACUACAGGCUCAGCUGGACCAGAUCAGCCAGGAGAUCAGCACCAAGGAGAGUGCCAUCCAGCAACUACAGCAGGAACAGGCCAGGCUGGAGCCUAGCAGUAACACCACCAUAGAUGCGAGUAUCCAGCAUGCAGAGCUGGAGUACAAACUUGCCAUGGAGGAGACGACUCUGCUGAGUUUGCAGCAGAGACAGGCAGACCUACUGGAGGAGGUGGAGGAGGCAAAACUGGAAUUACAGAAAAAUCAAAAGUCAGAAGAAAAAGUGUCCCUGUAUCCUCUGGUCUCCCCUGACAUAACCACGGCCAUCCUGACCCUGACCCUGACCCCUGGUCCAGGUGGUUAUGGCUUCACAGCUUCUCCAGACAAGAACAAGAUGCUGAAAGUCCUGUCCGUAGGGAAAGAUUGUGGGUUAAUGGAAGGAGACAGGUUGCUUGAGAUCAAUGGUGAAGACAUCAGGAGCGUGGAUCAGUCCAUGCUGGGGUCUCUGCUGGGUACCAAACAACCUGCGGAGGUCGUCGUACUCAGGAAAGUACCACAGGACAACAAACAGGAGGAGCUGGACAGGGUUGAGGGGGAGCUGUCUCGCCUGAAGGAUGAUAUCACCAUGGUGAUGGCAGAAUUACAGGAGCAACAGGAGGAGAACUCCAGGAUGAGACAGGAAGUAGAAAGGUUGAAGGACAGAGAGCAAGAGGUUUUGUUGGAAAAGCAGACCUCAGAGGAAACAGCUGAAACUCUGAGAAAAAAGCUGGAGGUGUCUGAGAGGACGUGGAAGGACCUACGUGACAAGAUCGAGGAGUUACAGCACAAGGAGAUCCCCCUCCCCACACCUGCCCCCACCCCUGUCACUAAUGGACUGGACCACAUGCAUGAUCAGUUACAGGAAGUGAAGAGGCUGAAGAGAGAGCUGGCCCAGCAGGAGAACCAUGUCACUAAGCUGGAGGGGGAGCUCAGGGCAAGGGAAGCAACAAUGUUGGCCCUGCAGAAGGAGAGAGAUGAUGCUCUAGAGGAGAUACAGAUGCUGGAGGAGGAAGAUGAAGAGGAAAGAAGGCCAGGUCUUAGGAGAAAAACAAAGAAAGGCCACAGAAGAAAAGGGGAUGAGCCACCAAUUUGGGAGACUCUAAAAGAUUCUAACAAGGACACCAUCCUGGCCGCCCUGAAGGAGAAUGUCCGCGAGAGUUCGGAGCAGAAGGCUUAUCUGGACCAGCUGCUGAAUGUGGUGAUAGAACAGGCUCCACAGCUGCUGCAGUACAUGGGGGAUGACAUGGAGGCAGGGGACUUCUCAGGAAAUGAAGAGUUCUGUUGACAACAGUCAAGGGAAAUGCAGAACUCUGUUGUGAGAGACAGCAACUUAAAAAUUAAAGGUUUUCACCCAACAGAUGCUUUUGGAACAGGCUGAAUAUGUAGUCUGUUAGAACUAAGACAUCAAAUUAUGUAAUUAACAUUUCUAGAAAGCCACAUAAUGCUUGAGCCUAAGUAACAAUCAUAUUUAGCUCAUCAAGUCAUCAUACCAAGCCACAGUAUGUUUAUUAAUAUUUUUAAUUUAGAAAUACACAAUUUGUGAAAUACCCCUGGCAGGGUCCAGGGGCCUUCCACACAUUUCUUGGCACAAUGUUUGACUCAAAUGAGAAGGUUCACAUCAUUGUUAGACUUAAUGCCAGGUCCAUUUUAAGAUCUGUGAUUUUAAACAGUGCCAUGGAAUGAAAUACUACAGAACGUAACUCUGUUGAUCUGUUGAGUACUUCUUUUUUAUUUUAAUGUCAAGCUUUUUUUCAAACAUGUCUUCCCCUCAUUUUAUAAGGACAAGCUCGUCAGAAUCCCAGUCUCGCUUGUCACAUUGUUAUUGAAUAUUGAAGAUUUCAUCCAUGGUAGAAAAAAAUAGAUAAUAGACUAUAUUGGCAGACAGAUCUAUAGUGAAUUACUUUAGAGUAUAUACAGUUUUUUUUAUAUCGUUCCGUCAGUAAUGGAAGGAGCAUUGCAUGACAAGUGAAACCAUGACACUCUGGUGGCCAGUAGUAACAUGUAUAGCAUAUCUAUUGAAGAUAAUAGAGAUUAAUCUCUUUUCUCCCAAAAGCCUGCCAAGGAACCAUUUCUAUUGGCAGUGUUUGUUUACCUAAUGAUUCAAAGUGCCUUGCUACUUGUUCUUCACCUUAUGGGUAGCUUUUUAUACAUGUACAUGUAGGCUAUCACCAAUGAGCCUGUUCUUUCAAAUUUUACAAACAUUACAGUCAAAUUUAAUCUUUAUCUAAUUUAAGUGUUAAACAAAAUAGUAACAAAAUUCUGCAGCAAUAUAUAUAUAGAUAUUGUACAUUUAGAUCUCAAACUGUAGACUACAACUCUUCCAUAAUUCAAAAAUAUUCUCUUAUUUCAUUAUGUAUAUGUACUGUGUCUUUGUACGGUGUGUAUAUUUCAUAAUUAUUUGUUUUCCUAUCUAUAUGAUGUAAGCUUGUAACAAAAGACAUUUCUAAGAGGCUGGGUUCCUCCAAUAUUCACACAAUGUUAUCAUGAUACAAAUUAAGUAUUGUACUAAGUCUUGUAUAUGUUAACGAACAGAAAAUACAAAUGUUUACAUCUAUCAUAUCCUUCCUUAGCUAUAAUUGGGGUAGAUUUUGUAUUGCAAAUACACAUAAAGUGAUGUCUUGCCUUUUACAAUUGUUGUAAGUCAUAUCAUCAUACAAAUGCAAUGUUUUCUGUAGAUUUUCUAAACAUUGUCAUUUCAUGCAUCAUAAAAUUGUAAUUAUGUUUAACGUUAUAUCUAACUUGCCUCCCUUCCAUGUAUGGAAUGCUUGGUACAGUUUAAAUAGUACCCCUUGGUGCGCUACAGUUCAAAGUGCACCAUCAUGUGACAUGAAUUUCUGUAAUGAAAUUAAAUGAGAUACAGUUAAUUCAUUACAUUUACUUCUCUGUUGUAUUAUGAUGAACAUAUUUUGAUUACCUCACAAUAAAUCCAGUCUCCUGUCAA